AUGUCUUUAAGCUUUCUUCGCUCAUCUUCAAGUAUCAUACAAUGUCAAGUUGUGUUACUCGACAAUUCGCAAUUCAUCACAUCAUUUGAACAGCAGACAGUGAAGGGAAACGAGUUGCUCGAUAGAGUAUGUGACAAGAUCCAAGUGCCUCUCUAUUACAAGCAGUACUUUGGGCUUCAGUACAUUGACCGCGAAGAUGGCGAAUUGGUAUGGUUGAACCUCGAGAAAGAACUCCCUCCUCAACGAAAAUCCAAACCGCUGUUGUUUCAGUUCGCUGUGAAAGUAUUUCCCCGGGACCCUCUCAAAGUGGAGGAAAACUUGCAGUGGCUCAUUUUGCUUCAGGUCAAAGCGCUAAUCAACCGUGGAAAGUUUUCCCUCCCUGUUAGCAAACAUGCCAUGAUUGAUGGAUUCUACGUGCAAGCCACGCUCGGAGAUUUCAGUGGCAAGCGACACAAGCCUGGUUAUUUAGAGGAACUGUUAGGUCUAUUUUACUUCCCACCCACAGGUAUUAACACUGAUGAGAACAUUAGCGAGGAAAGUUACGAAGUAAUGGUCAAAGAUUUGCAUAAAUCGCAUCGCGGGAUGACCCGCAAGGAGGCGGUGUCUGCGGCCCUCGACGUUUGCAAGGAACUGGAUAACUACGGAGCUUGUUUACAUUAUGGAAUAAGUGAUCACAAUGGAGAAGAAGUUGUGUUCUGUGUUACAGUGGAUGGAAUGCGCAUUUGCCAUUUGAAGAGUAAAUUUCCUGAAGUGGGCGAAGUAUGUCAUAGUUUUCAAUGGCGUGACAUCAUCUCAAUGUUUUGUGAUAACGCAAAGUUUUAUAUGUACGUGGAGGAAACUAAAGAAGAGCAAAAGUCCACCUGUCACGUGUUUCGCUUCAGCAAAGGCCUUUUCGCUUACAAGGCAGCUCAACGCCUAUUGAUUGACGCUGAAAAUCACCAAAAGUUCUUCUUCGAAGACAACCCUGAAAGGGCGACACUCAUUAGAAGCCGUUCUUUGGAAAUGCAGUCUUUAAAUAGGAUUCGAAAUGGAUCACUGCUAUCUACCAAAUUGAAUCUUUCCUUCAGGAAGCAAAAGUGA